AUGGACAAAAUCGAUAAUAUGCUAGAACAGACUACGGAAGACUUGAACGUGCUCAAAGAGCGGGAAAAUAAGCUGCAAGAGCAGCAAAAUAAGCUACUAGAACUGCAGAAGAAGAAAGAAGAUCUUCGAAGAUUGCAAGAAGAACUUGACAAUGAGGCCAAUGUCAUUGAGCUCAAUGGCAUUUUCAGUUCUACGCAAAAAAAUGAUGAAAUCAACAACGACACGUACAGGGAGGCGCCUACUGGAAGUUCUUCUACGAACCAGUUUGCUCAAGAAGAUCUUCUUCUUAUGCAGCCUGACGAGGACUUGGAUGAGCCAGAUAUCGCUCAACUCGAGCAUCAAGCUGAAAAUCAAAGCGAGCAAGAUGGAGACGAAAUCAAUCUUCUCGAUCUUAGCGCUGUCAUAGAACAGGAACUCGCUGACGAUUACGGCGAGGAACCAGUUUUUCCCAACAUAGAUGAACAGUCUGCUCCUCUCGCGCCAAACGUAGAGCAAGAAAGACUCGAACGUGAUUGGUACUUAUCCAAAGUACUCGUAUCACAGAAAUCGAAUCCUUACUUGCACCUGGAAUCUGACCAUUUAUCGAUUUCUGCUUACUUCAGCUACUACAAUGCUGGUCGCGGAGAAUUAAUAGUCCGAUGCUCAAUUAAAGAAUGCAGUGGUCGACAUAUCAUAAAAUGUUCAUGCACGGAAUUAUUCCAAGCGCAUAAUGGUGGAAGAACCAUCGUCUGGAAAACCGAAGACAUCAGAACAUUUGAUAAGUCAACCUACGAACACGAUAAAAUUUACGAGCCGCAUACGUGUGAAGGGAAGACACUUGAAGAAAUCGAGGAGGCUUCCAGGAAAAAUAACUCCGAGCUGUCAAUGACGAAAAACGAGGCGCUGACACUUUUGGACGAUUCAAAGACUUGGUGGAAGGUGCGCAACAAAAACGGACAAACUGGUUACGUUCCUUCAAAUUACAUUUCGCGAAAGAAGAAGCUGCCUUUCGGCUUCAACAAUAAGCCAAAAGAAUCGAAGAGCGACGCUGGCAGCCAGGAAAGACGCGUCGUGGCCAAGUACAACUACGAAAAGCAGCGAGAUGACGAGCUGGAAUUGACGAAAGGGAACAGGGUCGUCGUGCUGGAGGAAUCGGAGGACAAGUGGUGGAGAGGACGCAAUUUGGAAACGGGCGAAGACGGAUGGUUCCCGUCCAAUUACGUAACCGAAAACAACGACGAUCAGAAAAUUGCAAAAGAACCCUCAAGAAAGUGGGUCGCUCGAAACCAAAACGGUCAGAUCGGCCUCGUCCCCAGAAUCUACACAGAAGUAAUUGAGCAAACCUAUCCAGUUCCAGAAGAAAAGCCAAUCUCGCAACCCGAGUCCUUUCACCAAAAUUCCAGAUAUCCAGAAAUCGCCGAUCGAGAAUGGUUUCACGAAAGUGUCAGUUCUCGUGGCAUCGCCGAGAACAAACUCAUGCCAGCUUCAGAAGGCAUAUUUCUCGUUAGGCCUUCUGAAAGCUCCAAAGUCGCAGGAAACUUUUCGGUUUCGGUGAAGGGGCGAACGAAAGUGAAACACUUCCGCGUUUCACUGAUCGACAAUCAGUAUCAAAUCGGACAGCGCAAGUUUGAAAGUUUAGACAAAAUGAUCGAAAACUACAAACGCAAUCCUAUCUUUUCCGAGGCCGACGAGAGACUUUUCCUGACCAGAAAGAGAGGACAUGAAAAGAGGAUGACGGACAUAAAAGGGGAUUUAUACGAUUUGAUCGCUCCGAUUCGGGAUCCAGAGCGACCUGAGACUCUGGAAGAGCUCGAUAUCGUCCGUGAAGAAUGGAUCGAAGUGAGUGAGCUCGGAGAGGACUAUUACGACUUGGUGGUUUGCCACCUCUCCACGAUGAUCGGAUUAUUCAUCAGCGAGAAGAUCCGCCGCGACUUUCCUUACCGUUACAAGCUGAAAAUACUUGCUAGGCCGGGAACGCUCCAACAGGAAGACGAUUCCAAUCGACAGAUAAAUGAUAAAGAGAGAAUUGCCGCUGCAAUUGAGAAGGAAGCGAUGAAGAAACUAGUUGAUGAGUGUAUCGCCUUUGAGUGA